AUGCCUCGUGUUCAAAGAAAAGGACGUGUAAAUAAGAAACGUGGAAAGAAAGGAGGAAAGAAAGAUGCCAACAUUGAUGAACAAAAUGUAGUAGAAGGCACCGAACCUAUGGACAUUAUUGAUCAACCUACUACUGAGUCUUCCAUGACCUCCACCGAUCAACACUUCCAAGCUGCUCAUUUCGGUGAAGUCGACGAAGAAUUGCUUGGUUAUUUUAAAAAUGUGGAGCAAACAUUAGAAGAUCCUCAGUUUGAAACUGGAGAAGAUCAAAGAUUAUUUGUUGAAAAUGUAUAUAGUGAAGUCGAUGGCAAUGAAUUUCGCCUUGCCACCAACUAUUCUUGCUCCUUAAUUCUGGAAAAAUUAUUAAAGAUUUCUGAUUCAUUUCAAUUACGUGUAUUUAUGGAUAAAUUAACUGGCAAGACAGUUGAACUAUUCGUACAUCGCUUUGCAUCCCAUGUCUGUCAGACGCUUUUGACUUUGGCUGCUGAUGUAGUUGAACGUGAACAGAUAGAAGGCGCUGAAGAGCAAACAGAAAAUAAAGAAGAAGUGGGUGAACUUUUAUCGAUGGAGAAAUUAGUAUUAGAAUUAUGUGAGGAUAUCAAGCCUCAUAUUGGUGGUUUAAUUUCUCAACAAUUUGCUUCACACGUCAUUCGUGUCUUGCUCUUUGUUUUAGCUGGUAAACGUAUCGAUGAAGAAGGUGAUAUUAAAGGCAAAUUAAGAAGCAAAAAAUCGAUUCAAUAUAAGAAAGAAAAUAACGAUACUUUAACUAGAUCUACAACUAGUUUAAGUCCAACCAGAAAAGUGCCCGACUCUUUUAAGGCUAUGUUUAGAACACUUACUACAGAAUUAGCUAUUAAUAUGUCUGAAACUGAAGUUCGUUCAUUAUCUGUUCACAGAGUUGCAAAUCCAGUACUUCAGCUUUUAUUAGAGAUGCAAGAGAAUGAUAAAGAAGGAAUUAAAGCCAGAAACAUCCUUAUUGAUCGUAUUUUAUGGGGUAUUGUAACUGAUAUUGACUCGAAAGAAGAAAAUAAAGAUAGAGAUUCUUGGUUUGAAACUCUGGUUCGUGACUCUGUUGGUUCUCAUUUAUUAGAAGUUAUCUUUCAAGUAGCCCCUGAUGCUGUCUAUAGAAAGAUUUACAAGACUUAUAUUAAGGGUAAACUUGAAAAAUUCUGUAUGCAUCCUAUUGCCAACUUUGUUAUGCAAAAUCUCAUUACCAACGUUAGAAAGCCAAAACAAUUAAAUCAAAUGAUAGAUGAAUUGAAAAACUCAUUUGAAAAACUUGUUAAACUUGGCAAAUAUGGUGUUAUUCGAAGUUUAGUUGAUGCGUCUGUAAAGAUGGAAAGUUCACAGAAGCAGGUUGUAGAAGCAAUUGCAGUUGGUUUGCAUUUGCCAGAAGGAUCUCCAGACCGUAAUAAGGAAUUUGUAAAUUGUGUUAUGCGUAUGUGGACAAUUGAACAAUGGAAUGAAGCCAGUGAUGGCGAAAAAUCCGAUUUAUAUAAAUUUCAUUUACAAGGUUCGUUGAUCGUUCAAGGUAUUAUGAAAAUGUCUGAACCCGGUGUUACAGAGAUUGUGACAAAUAGUUUCUUAUCACAAAGACUUGAUACAAUCCACCGAUGGUGUUUCUCUCCUGCAGGCUCUAGAGCUUUUGAAUCCAUUGUGGCGUCACCUCAUGUAAAUCAAAAGAUCAAAAAGAAGAUUAUGCGUGAUCUAUCAGGAAAAUAUACAGCACUUGCUAAAGAUAAAUUUGGCAGUCAUAUUUUAGAUAAAUGCUGGCUUGUGGCAGAUAUUGACUCAAAGGAAAAGAUUGCUGCAGAGUUAGUGAAGCAUGAACAUGAGUUAGCUAGUCAUCAUAUUGGUAGAGGUAUACUUUGGACUUGUAAGAUUGAUCAAUAUAAGAGAAGACAUAAUGAUUGGGUAGAACGAGAGAAGGGUGCUGAGCGUAAGCGUGAAAUGUUCAAAGAUAUUCUUGGUGAAACACUUGUCGAAAAGAAGCGUAAAUUAGCAUAA